AUGGGAUUACCCUUUAUCCACUACUACGACAUUUUGUCUGGUUUCGAUCCACCUAUUGAUAUUGGAAGACGUUUGUCAGUAUUUGAAUCACCCUUGGUUAAAGAAUUUCUCGAUGGUCGGAGUGUGACAUUACCAGAUGGCACCGUGAUCACCGCAGACCAAGUUACUAGUCCUGCGCCUCCAACACCAAACUUCCUCAUUGUUGACUGCCCCUCCAUCGAAUUCAUUUCAACCAUAAUGCAAUCGAAGCCUUUACUCGAUGCGUUAGGUUCGCCAACCGGAGAAGAAAGCUUAUUACCAGGACUUUCGUUAGUUGUUCAUCUGCUACCUGAGGGCUUGUUCGAAUCGGAAGAGUAUCAACGCUUUGUUCAAACACUCAACGAAUUAGCACGAGAGCACUGCCGGUUUGAUAAAUCUCGCAUAUUGGAGCAAUACGCAACGUUUAAUGGUGCUCUUCUGGACAAUCCCAUCCAGCAUCUGGUUGUGGAUGGAACAGGGUGUUUACCAGCGACAAUUGGACUAUACUCCCAAGCGGCAGUUCUACAUCAGUGCUUUGAUCGUCGCGUUUACCCUCUUCCAUACGAUAUGCGUUGUGUCGAGGCGAAACAAGCUUCCGAAGAGGCGUUAAAACACCUACCAGAACCACACACACCCGUGGUUCACGCACAGCCUCAGACACAUUAUAUGAUCCGACCAUGGUACGGCUUUACACGCAGACCCGAAAUGCCAAUUCUUGAUUUGGACAGACUCUGUCAAGAUGCCUUUGAACCGCUCUACGUGACGCGAGAUGAAGCGGAGGAACAGUUCACCGUUAUGCGCGCUAAAAUGGCCGAGGAUGGAUUCGCUUCUAAUGACCAAAAUCCGCAACCGAUUGACUCCAGCAUAAACAAAGUGUAUCCGGAAAUAACAUUUCUCGGAACCGGUUCAUCUGCACCAAACAAGUAUAGAAACAUCAGUGGCAUUUUGGUACAAAUCAACCUGAAUGAUAUCAUCAUGAUGGAUUGUGGUGAAGGCUCGUUGAAUCAAAUAUAUGCAAUGUACGGACCGAAAGAAGCGGAAGAGAUCCUGCGUAAACUGCGGUUGAUUCUUGUGACUCACAUGCAUGCAGAUCACCAUGGGGGUGUAUUCUCCAUGGCCUUAGCACGUAACCGAUUGCUCGCAGCUCAGGACCCGGCCAGCGUGAGUCGUAGCCUGCACUCCACACUGCUUCCAGUUUUGGCUCCACCGGCAUUCGCUCGUUGGAUGACCAGUUUCGCCGAACUGUUCCACCAUGGCCCCAUAGUGAAUCUAUUUGUCCUACCGAACGUGUACCACUCACCUUGUCCUCCGGGAAUUAAAACGCGCCUUUGUCCCCUCAAUUCAGACUCCCCCAAGUAUGAUGAAUGGGUUCAACUGUUGACCAGUCUUAAUUUGGAGAUCAACCCCGUUCGAGUUCCACACACAGGUACAUCGUGGGCUUACGUGAUUCGUGGUUUAUACGACCAAUCCAGCCCGGAACACAAAUGGUCUGUUGUUUACUCUGGGGACACACCACCGUGUGAGGACUUGAUCGAGGCUGGUCGAGAUUGUGAUCUACUAAUACACGAGGCCACAAUGAUCGACGAACAUGAGGAUCUGGCCGUGCGUGCCAGGCAUAGUACCAUCGGGUCCGCCAUUCGGGUUGGCCGUGAUAUGCACGCCAAAUUCACCUUGUUGAAUCACUUCAGUCAACGUUACGGGCGAGUACCAAUGUGGGAUCAGUUUAUUCCCAAUGUGGCUGUGACAUUCGAUUUAAUGAAGAUCCGCAUGGAUGAUUUGAAGCGGCUUCCAUACUAUGUACCCUUUUACAAGUAUGCGUUCGCAAAACACUGGGAUGCACAAAAAGUUAAGACAGAGGCCUAUUGCUGGCGCAAAUUUCGGGAACAGUCCUCCGCGAACCCUGAUAAUACGGCUGCAGAAAACAACACAUCAGAUAGUAACAGCACAGUGUCUAAAGGCGUAGAAUCAGCCACGGCCUAG